ACGUCAUAGCCGCGCGCCGACUCGCCGGGAGCAAGAGGGGGCGGUAGGCGGGGCGGCGCGUGACCUAAGGCCUCUCUACCGGGCUCACAGGUACCCGGCCGGAGUUGCUGGUGCCCAGGCCGCCGCCCGCCUUCCGGGUCCAGAGUCCCGAACCCCGAGCACUGGGAUGCCAGGGUACUCCGAGCCAAGGCACUGAUGUUUGAACUGGAAACUUCAAAACUUUUAAUAGAAUCUUCAGGAUGGGUUUGAACCGGACAAGCUAGAAAUUUUAGAACACCAGCUCUAGCAGGCAUCUCCCACUGUUGGCUUUCCUGGAGAAGAGCUUAAAGAGGUUGUUCUGUAGACAGCCACAGUGACGCUCAGGGAACCAGAUAAAUGGAUUUGGCUUUUCUGCUAGGAUUCUCUUUGUUAUAGUUCCUCUGUGAGCUGAAAGAGGCAUAGAAAUAUUCAUGAAACCGAAGAACCUGCAAGAAAGGAAGUGGCACUUUCAUGCUGAGUGAAAACUCACCAAGUGGCAGUUGUGACUGAAAACACUGAAACCUACCACGUCCGGAUUCACCGGACUGGGGGAUAGAGGAACGGUCACAGCUGGGCAGAAAGAAGUGGUACUGGAAAAGAAAACCUAGAUGAAGAGAAUGAGGAUGACUGCACAGUAGAUGGCCGCCUCCACCUCCACAGAGACGAAGUCAGCCUCGUGGUGGAAUUAUUUUUUUCUUUACGAUGGUUCCAAGGUAAAGGAAGAAGGCGAUCCAACACGAGCUGGCAUUUGUUACUUCUAUCCUUCCCAGACCCUGCUUGACCAACAGGAGCUGCUUUGCGGACAGAUUGCUGGAGUCGUCCGCUGCGUCUCUGACAUUUCUGACUCUCCUCCUACUCUUGUUCGUCUGAGACAGCUGAAGUUUGCCAUAAAAGUUGAUGGAGAUUAUCUUUGGGUGCUGGGCUGUGCUGUGGAGCUCCCAGAUGUCAGCUGCAAACGGUUUCUGGAUCAGCUAAUUGGAUUCUUUAACUUUUACAAUGGACCUGUUUCCCUGGCUUAUGAGAACUGUUCUCGGGAAGAACUGAGCACGGAGUGGGACACCUUCAUCGAACAAAUUCUGAAAAACACCAGUGAUCUGCAUAAGAUUUUCAAUUCCCUCUGGAACUUGGACAAAACCAAAGUGGAGCCCCUGUUGUUGCUGAAGGCAGCCCGCAUUCUUCAGACCUGCCAGCGCUCACCUCACAUUCUCGCUGGCUGCAUCCUCUAUAAAGGACUGGUUGUCAGCACCCAGCUCCCGCCGUCCCUCACCGCCAAGGCCCUGCUUCACAGAACAGCACCUCCGGAGCAGAGACUCUCUAUGGGAGGGGAUGCCCCACAGGAACAUGGCGUGGCAUUACCCCCAAAUGUCCAGAUUAUCCCUGUUUUUGUGACCCAAGAGGAAGCCAUGAUUCUCCAUGAGUUCCCGGUGGAACAGAUCACAAGGUCUCCAGCAGGACUCGGGGAUGGUUCAGCCCAGCACCGUCCAAAGGGUGGGAGCACAUCUGCCCUGCAGGAAGACGCCACUGGCCACGUAGAAUCCAUGGCCUGGACCACCCCGGAGCCCACAUCCCCUGAGGACGCUUGUCCAGGUGGCAGGAGGCAGAACGGAUGCUUGCCUGGCCAUGGUUUGGAGAGCAUCGGGCCCGCAGGACUGCGCAACACGGCCAGGCACAAGCGUCUUGGCCUCAGCUGCUCCCUGGGGAAGGAACUAGUCUUUAUCCAAGGGGAACUUGACUUGUCUGAAAUCCACAUUCCAGAGGCUCAGGAAGUGGGAAUGUACCCAGGUCAUUUCACCUUCCCACAUGUGCAUGUCCCAGAUGGCAGUGCUCCUUACUACAAGGCAUCGCUCAGCGCCUCCGGCAACAUGGAGCCCGUGCCGCCUGAGGACACAGCUGUCAGCAGCAUGCGCUGUGCCUCUGCUCCUGAGAUGCUCACCCAGCAUGGAGCCCAAGAGCUAUUCGAAGACCAUUCUGGCCACAGCAGCAACCACGCCCCCAUUCCCAGAGCAGACCCUCUCCCCAGAAGGACCUGCAGACCCUUUUCAUUGCCUCUCUUAGAUCCAGGACAGAGAGAGAACAAGCUUCCCACGGAGGAACAAAGCAUGGAUCAGUAUGUUGCUGGGGUUUGUGAAAGCCACGCAGCCCCCGGUCUGGAAUGUAGUUCAGGCUCAGCAGACUGUCAGGGUGCUGGCCCCUCUGCAGAUGAAAUCAACUCCAAGCUGACCCCAGCAGAGUCCUGCAUGGGGCUCGUGAGGAUGAACCUCUAUACUCACUGCGUGAAAGGGCUGGUGCUGACCCUGCUGGCCGAGGAGCUGCUGCUGGGAGACAGCGCAGCCAUAGAGGAAGUGUACCACAGCAGCCUGGCAUCGCUGAACGGGCUGGAAGUCCACCUGAAAGAGACGCUGCCCAGGGAUGAGGCAGCAUCCACGAGCAGCACCUACAGCUUCACACAUUACGACCGCAUUCAGAGUGUGCUGAUGGCAAACCUGCCGCAGGUGGCCACCCCGCAGGAUCGCCGCUUCCUCCAGGCCGUCAGCCUGAUGCAUAGCGAGUUUGCCCAGCUGCCCACGCUUUAUGAAAUGACCAUCAGAAACGCCUCCACGGCUGUGUAUGCCUGCUGCAACCCUGUCCAGGAGACGUAUUUCCAGCAGUUGGCACCUGCAGCCCGGAGCUCCGGCUUCCCAAACCCUCAGGAUAGUGCCUUCAGCCUCUCCAGCAAAGCCAAGCAGAAGCUGCUGAAGCAUGGGGUGAACUUGCUGUGAACUGCGCCUAGGAGGUGACUGUGAAGGAGAAACCAGCAAAGGAGGCUCUGCCUCUUUUAAUCAGAAAGGCCCCUCUAUGUGAUUUUUCUUGAAAACUUUCCCUUUUUUGGCAUCAUAAUGAUAUUUGAGAUUUUGUUCUCCUUUUGCAGAUUGGGAUGUGUUUGGGGGCUGGGGUUAGUUCUUCAGGUUGGCAGAGUUUGCGCACUUGAUAAAGAACUUGAUGACAUCGGUGGUGCUGGGCACAGGACAGGGGCUUGGCUCACUCUGUGCAAUACUGAGCCUGAGGUAUUGCGUAUCUCCUGCUGCUGUUCCAUCCCAGCUUGAACUAGUGCCAUAAGAUUCCAGGUUGGCAUUUUUUCUAGAAGCUGGAUCGUCCCUAGCCCAGAGUGUGUGUUCAACCUCAACACCAGGUGGGUGGUGGGCGGCGUGACUGCACAGCGGGGAGCCGGAUCUGUGAGCAGGCAGACUCCACGCCCACACCGCAGGUAGGCUUCUCCAGCGCGGUCCUGAUCGUUCCUGCAAGGAGGCUGCAGCACACGGAGACCACCUGGUUGAAAUCUGUUGGAAUGCUACUCAGAUCUAGGGGAGUCGUUUUUGGACCCACAGUGGGGACAAGCCUUAAUAAUGCGGAAGGGAGUUUGGGCUUUUGAGAUCCCUUUCUAGAAGCCCUGGGAGCUGAGCCUGAGAAUUCAGUGACAACAGGACCGACCUGUGUUGCCUUUGACGGCAAGUGGGCUGUGCAGCUGGUUCCUCUUGAGCAAGUGUCUCUAAAUAGGAAUUUACAAGAUGUUGGGGGUAGAAGCAGAACUGUGCUUUUUGGUGGUGGCUGCAGGUGACAUUCAUUUGUGUGUUCUCGGACUUGUACUUAAAACCUCAGUUCUAUUACAUGAUAGUCAGACUUUUUUGGACAAAUAUAAGACAGAUCGCAGGAUGAAAAUAUUUGUCAAAAUCUUAGUGUUUACUGGAAGUACUUAAGAUUCCAUCUGAAAGUCAUAUUGUUAAUAAUUUCAUGUCAGUGAGCUGAUAUCUGAUGUUUAUGAUAUGGUGUCUGUUUCUUGAAACAAGUUUCCAACGGCUAAAAAUAAAAUAGCCAGAAAACGCUACUGAGUUCUGAGUAAUUAAA